UAUUACUGUGAAAUACUGAAUCCCUAGAAUGGCUCUGAGACACUUGUCGGUGAAGGCUCUUCUCUUCUUUGGUCUUUGCCAAAUUGGACAGGGUUUUGCCUCUGCACCUGAAGUCAGAGAGGCCCCAAAGAAAAUUGCAAUAAUUGGCUCUGGUAUUGGAGGCACGGCAGCUGCGUUUUUCUUGAGACAAGAGUUUGGACCGGCCGUGAAGAUCGAAGUGUUUGAGGCAGGGACUGUUGGAGGCCGUCUGGCCACUGAAGACAUUGGAGGAUAUGAGUAUGAGACAGGAGGAUCCAUUAUUCACCCCCUCAACCUGCACAUGAAGCAUUUUCUAGAAAGACUCGGUAUGUCUCCUCGUGCCGAUGUGCCGUCUAAACUGGCGAUAUUUGACGGGAAAGAGCUGACCUUUGAAGAGAGCGACUGGUUCAUAGUGAACUUCUUACGCAUGCUGUGGAAAUAUGGAUUCAACUUCAUUCGAAUGCAUAUGUGGGUGGAGAGCGUACUGGACAAGUUUAUGAGGAUUUAUCAGUACCAGCAGUUUGGCUACUCGUUCUCCAGCGUGGAGAAGCUUCUUCAUGCUAUGGGUGGAGACAGUUUCCUUACUCUGGUCAAUCAGACGCUGGAGGAGGCCAUGCUGGCUGAAGGCUUCUCUCAGGUCUUUCUCAAUGACAUCGUAACACCCAUCACAAGAGUCAACUACGGCCAAAGUGUCAGAAUUAAUGGAUUUGUGGGUGCUGUUGCACUAGCAGGAGCUGAAUCAGGACUGUGGGCAGUGGAUGGAGGGAAUAAGCUGGUCUGUUCCGGGCUUCUGUACCACAGCAAAGCUGAACUUGUUCCAGCUCGUGUCACUGCCAUCACCAUGAAAACAAGACCAUCCAAAACUGGUUCCGCUGCUAGUUUCUAUGAACUGAACUAUGUUGGCGAGGCUGGUGCCGCCCAUUCCAUGUACGAUAUAGUUGUAGUAGCCACACCUCUCCACCAGGGCCUGUCUGACAUCAACUUCUCAGGCUUUUCUCCAGCCAUUCCAUCCCACUUCCCUGGCCGCUACCACCAAACGGUGGCAACGCUGGUCCACGGUCUGCUCAAUGUGUCAUAUCUGGGCACCACAGAGAAGCCGGAAGACUUCUUUGUUUCUGACGUCCUCACAUUGGACAACAAAGACUCCGAGAUCCACAGCCUGAGCUCUCUGGAACCGGUGAAAAUUCCCAAGGAUUACUCCCGCAGCCCUGCCAGUCAACCCAAAGUAUGGAAGAUCUUCUCCUCUCAGCCACUUUCUCAGAAGAAUCUGCAGCAAAUAUUUCUUUCCUGGGACUCGGUGUCGGAGAAGCGCUGGCUCGCCUAUCCCUCCUACAGCCCGCCGCACCGCAGGACGCCUCCCUUCAUUCUCCACGAUCGCCUUUACUAUCUCAACGCCGUGGAGUGGGCGGCCAGUGCCAUGGAGAUGAGUGCCAUUUCCGCCCGUAAUCUGGCUCUGCUCGCCCAUCACCGCUGGUACGAGCAGACGGGCAAAAUCGACCAAGAGGAUCUGCACACCAGACUCAAAGGUGAACUUUGACAGAGGAGCGCUGCGGUUCAUCAACUUGUUUGGGUUUGUAAACAAUAAAAUCUAGUAUGGGGAUAAGAGGUUGGAUUUUUGAAAGGCACCCUGUGCUGUAUAUUUUUAAAAUAAUUUUGUAGGUUAUUACCUAGGUCAUUACAAUUAAGCACAUUCAAAAUUAUCAUUGCUGAAAUGAAAAAUAAGAUUUUUUUUUUUUUUUUUUUGGUAAAUCAGGGAAAAAAAUCUGGCCAAAGUCAUGAAAUGUAUUAUAACCUUAAAAUUAUAAAAAAAAAUGUUAAUUGAAACAAAGCUGGAAUUAAAUAAAAUAUAAAUAUUAGACAAAAGAAAAUUACAAAUGUCAAAUGUUGCUUUUGAAAUACACUACCAGUCAAAAGUUUUUGAAUAUUAAGAUUUUUAAUGUUUUUUUUUUAAAGAAGUCUAUUCUGCUCACUAAGCCUGCAUUUAUUUGAUCCAAAGUAUAGUAAAAAAAAAAAUUAAAUAUUUUUUUAUUUUAAAAUAACUGCUUUCUAUUUAAAUAUAUUUUAAAAUGUAAUUUAUUCCUGUGAUCAAAGCUAAAUUUUCAUCACCAUUACUCCAGUCUUCAGUGUCACAUGAUCCUUCAGAAAUCAUUCUAAAAUACUGAUUUGCUGUUCAAGAAACAUUUAUUAUUAUUAUUAUUUUUAUUUUUAUUUUUAUUAUCAUUAUUAUUUUUGAUCAAUGUUUAAAAUAGUUGAGUAUUUUUUUUUUUUCAGGAUUCUUUGAUGAAUAGAAAGAUCCAAAGAUCAGCUUUAUCUGAAAUGAAAAAAGGUUUUGUAAUGUUAUACAUUAUACCAUUCAGAAGCUUUUUUUUUGGAAAGAAAUUAUAGAAACUAAUACUUUUAUUUAGCAAGGAUGCUUUCAAUUGAUCAAAAGUAAUGCUAAAGACAUUUAUAAUGUUAUAAAAGGUUUCAGAUUUCAGAUAAAUGCUGUUCUUCUGAACUUUCUUUUUAUAAAAGAAACCAGAAAAAAUUCUAAUGAGAUGUUUUAAUAAUAAUAGUAAUACAUGUUUUUUUGAGCAGCAAAGCAAAAUAUUAGAAUGAUUUCUGAAGGAUCAUGUGACUGGAGACUUUAUGCUAAAAAUUUAGCUUUGAAAUCACAGGAAUAAAUUACAUUUUAACAUGUAAUUAACAAAUAAAUGCAGGCUUGGUGAGCAGAAGAGACUUCUUUAAAAAAACAUUAAAAAUCUUACUGUUCAAAAACUUUUGACUGGUAGUGUAAUAAAAUGACUAAAAUUCAAAUAAAUCCAAAGCUAAACAGAAAUUAAUUUAGCAAAAAAUAAAUUACUAAAUUAAAAAUUAAAACUAAACAUUCCCAGAAAUGUAAACAUUUAAUAAAUACAAUAAUAGAUUAUAAUACUAAGAUAACAUUUCAUCAAAUGAUUAUAUGUUAUAUCAGAUAGUAAAUACUUGAAUACAUAAUUUUUGUUCAUUUCAUACAGGUCACUUACAGGUAAAUCAGACUACCAAGCCAUAGAGAAACUAAUUAUUUGACAUUAAUUUUGUACACAGUCUGUGUAUAUUAAUCUGUGUGGGUGAAUCUCUUGAAACCUAUCAAGAAUGUGCACUGUAAAAUCACAAGUAAGCAUGUUUUCCAUUCUCAUUCUCUGUUUGUGUUAUUAGCUGGAUAUGUUCUAGACAGGAUUCUUGAGAUUCACUCUUACAUCAUUCAUGUACAUUUAAAGAAGAGCAACCCUAGAUGCACUGUAAAAUUCACAGUAGUAGUGGCCUUUAUGUGCUAGAUUGUGGAUAUACAGUCUACUUAACUGUGUAUGAGACACUGUAUGUAGGAGCGCUGUGAUUAGUAAUAAGCUCUUUCUCUAUCUCUCUUUUUUUGUUAAUGAAAUGGAAUUAAGUAUUGAUAUUAAUUACUACUGCUACCUGUGUGUCUGUGUGUGUUGGGGGGCACUGUGAUGUGCCAGGUUUUCACAAAUACAAUAUUUUCCUGUGCUUAACUCUAGUUUAAUCAGUCUAGUUCACCUGCUCAGUCCUCUAACUUGAACACAGCCUCUGACCUAGAAUUUUCAUGCAUGUGCUAAGAAAUUUUUUUAGAAUCCUUAUAAUUUUUUUGUUCUUGCAAAUGUGCAUUUAGUAUAUGGUUAAUUAGUCUUGGUGCCUUAAAGCGUCUUUAGUUUUUAACAUUGCAAAAAAAGCUUAAAUGACAGUUAAGAAUUUGAAAGAAAGGAUGUAAUCUGACCAGGUUUUUUUUAAAUAUAUAUAUAAAUAUAUAUUUUAAUGACACAUUCUCUUUCCAAAUUCUUAUGAAAAAAGAUAAAUAAAUAAAAAUAAGCAAACUGAAAAUAAGGCAAAAAUGAAUCUAUAUCUCAUGAUGGUAUGUGUUGUACUGCCAUGAGUUUAUGGUGAUUUAAAUAAUUAAAAAAAAAGAUUAUAUUGGUGGAAAUUUAGUAAUGAUCACCAUGGAGAAUAAUGGGAUAGAAAUAUUCGUCACAGACAAUCACAGUCUUUGCAAACAAUAAGUAUUAAUACUACUGACACUACUGAUAUGUUUCUAAUUUUCUGAUUCUAUUUUCCAUGCAAAUGAGCCUUUCUGAUCAAUGAUUUGCUUGUAAAUGUUGCCUUCCUGGAAAGCAACAGAUUCCAUUCUGUUUACAUAGUUAAUUUUUUUUUUUAAUCCUUUUGACAAAGAAGAACAGUGUUAAAAAUGAAUGAAGAGUGCUUUUAUAAUAACAAAUGGAUGUUGGUUAAGAAAUUGUUAAACGCAGUAAUGAUAUUGAUUUAAGAAUGAGAAUUUUGUUGAUUCAAGUUCACAAGCUGUUUACAAUUGCAAUAAAAUUGAAUGUCUUUGAG